GUAAAAUCACUGCACUGCCCGAUAGCUUCCUUCGUAGUCGGUGGAGGCCUGCGGUUCCUUUGAUAUAAUGUGCGUAAACUCGGGUCGAUGAACGAAUUCGGCGAGAGAAUGACGGAUAAUAAUUAUGCAAUACAAAACGUUUCGGAAUGUCUUCAGUGGCGAACUUAAAUAAUAUAAAAGAUUUCAGGCAAAACGUAAAAUGUCCUGAAUGACAGGUUAGCUUUUGUGUUUGUUUUCGGUUUUUCAGUGGAAACGAUGGCUUCUUCUCCAACUAGUAUAGAGACACAAAUAGACAGUUUUCUGGAGCAGUUUAAAAGAAGUGCUUCUAAAGCUAUGGAAGAGAAAAUGGAUUGGCCUGAUGGUCAUUCACCAGGCGCUGUCGUUAAGUCUCGUAGCAGUUGUUUCACUCUGGAUACAGCAGCUGAAGCAGAAUGCGACGGCUGUGGCAGCGACACCGACGAAGGUCGAAAUGUGGGGGAAUUGCUGCUGCCCCAGUACGCGCUCGCGACCGGGGGCCUCGCGAAAGACCACCGACCGCUCAUCACCUUCCCCGACAACAAUAACUUCCAUCUCAUCACCGCUUCGGAAUACAGACGGCUGUUACUCUACCUCACUUCUGUACCAACGAUACUAGAAGCUGAUAUGGGCUUCCACAUAAUAAUAGAUCGCAGAAAAGACAGAUGGAAUUCAGUUAAAACAGUAUUAUUAAGGGUUUCGGAAUUCUUCCCCGGUAUCAUCCACGCCGUAUACGUGUUGAGACCAGCCAGUUUCCUCCAGAAAGCCUUAUCUGAAGUGAGCAGUAAACUUUUCAAGGAGGAAUUUAGAUUUCGCGUUCACGUGUGUUCGUCCAUCGAAGAGUUAUACGAACACUUCGAUAAAUCACAACUAACGCCCGAUCUCGGGGGAGAGCUGCAGUAUUCACAUUCAGAGUGGAUACAACAACGGAUAGCACUGGAGAAGUUUUCUACUCUUAUGAAAGAAAUCUCAAGUAAAUUGGACCACUUUAUGCAUGGAAUUGUGGACUGCGAUAUGGGUAAUGACCCUUCACAAACCAAAGAUUUAUUAGACUGUCAGGAAUCUAGAUAUAAAGCUUUAAAAACAGAACUGGCGUCAGCGACAACGCAAGGCGAAGAGUUGUUGACGCAAGUGCGAAAACCAAAUCUUACUUAUAAUAUUAUUAGUCACGUCGCUGCUGUAGAAAGGCUACUGGUGCAACUAGAAGAGACUGAAAAACAAUUCGACAAUUUCUGGCAGAAACAUUCCAUGAAAUUAAACCACUGGUUAAAAUUUAGGACGUUUUUAUUAAAUUUUAAGCAAAUGCAGGCGACUUUAGAUGGUCAUCUAAAAACCGCGUGCGAUAUGACCGAGGUCGGUGAAACUGCAAGCAGAGUCGAAAGUCUCAUACAGGAGGCAUGUGAUUUCGAGAAACUCUGUAACUGUGAUCUCACUACUGCUAAAGAAGUUAUAGACGAUGGUGAGCAAUUAAUGCAGGACCCAUUAAGUUCCGUUGACCACAUAGAGUCGAAAUGUGAAGAGCUAAGACGAACAAGUACGUUACUGUUAGAUAAAAUACAAAAACGAAAUCUACUACUGGCCAAAGCGAGGGAACUCAUGGACAGGAUAGACAAGGCGAACGAAUGGUGCGCGACCGGAGUGGAAUUACUGGCUGGAGACAGGGGAUUGGUGGCAGUGGAUAAGUUGCUGAAAGACGCUGAGAGCUUUGGUUUAACUGCUCCCGACCAGUUCCGAGAUAUGCUGAUGCAAUCGGCCACCCAGGAAACGAGAGCUUUGGUUACACAGGUGGCCCAACGAGUGGAGGACAUGUGGCUGAUGGUGACGGUGAAGCGUGCGACGCUGCAGCGCGCCGCCGCCAAGCCCGCGCGGCCCGUGCAGACCGUGCCCCCGCAGAGCGCAACACUCGCACAGGCCAACCAGAUGGAGACAUCAGGGGGAUCAGUGAGUUCUGGUGGGGAGGACGCAGAAGCUCGGCGGUCGCGGCGCGGUCAUGUCCUCGCCGAGCUGCUACAAACCGAGAGGGUCUACGUUCAAGAGCUAGGCUCCAUUCUCACAGGUUACAAAGAAGAAAUAGAAAAAUCAGAAAACCAGAAUCUAUUGCCGUCAACAUUAGUCGGACAAGCAGAUGUGCUGUUCGGUAAUCUACACGAACUCUUCACAUUCCACCAGGACGUGUUCCUAAAAGAUUUGGAACGAUCGAUCUCAGCGACAGAACUUGUUGCACUGUGUUUUGUGGAAAAAAGGGAGACGUUCUUCCGUUUGUAUAGCUAUUAUUGUCAGAACAUCCCACGUUCUGAACGUCUCCGCGAGACGCUCGUGGACACACACCUGUUUCUACAGGCGUGUCAACUGAGGCUCGGACACAAACUACCUCUAGCGGCAUACCUACUCAAACCUGUGCAGAGGAUCACAAAAUAUCAAUUAUUAUUAAAAGACUUACUCCGGUACAGCGAGUGCGGUUCGAUGACGACCGGCUUGCAACAAGCACUCGACUGCAUGCUCGUAGUGCUCAAGUGCGUCAAUGAUUCCAUGCAUCAAAUUGCGAUCACCGGCGUACCUGUGGAUCUCAGCCAACAGGGCGAGCUACUAAUGCAGGGCUCAUUUCUGGUGGUGUCUGAGAAUAAACGAGAUCUCCGGCUGAGGAUACGGCCGCGUCGAAGGCAUAUCUUCCUUUACGAAAAGGCGAUGCUCUUCUGCAAACCCGCUACCAAAAACAGCCAUAAUAAAGCCACUUAUCACUUCAAACACGACCUUCAGAUGUCACAAAUCGGUCUAACAGAAUCAGUGAAAGGCGAUCCACGCAAAUUCGAAGUAUGGCGGCAAGGUAGACAAGAAGUGCACACAAUAACAGCGCCCAAUGUCGAAGUGAAGAGGGCGUGGGUGGACCGCAUCAAGCGGGUGCUGCUGGACCAACUGAAGGAGUUGAAGGGCGAACGAGUCCGGCAGUACGGGGCACAGCAUCAUAGAACACUAAUUCAAACAAAUUCGUGGGACGUCGGCCCUGGUAAUCCUCCUCGAGGAGUUCCCCCUGGCGCGGCAGCACCGACUCACCCCACGCAUCCGGCGGCGCCAACACACCCCCCGCGCACAGCCUCCUGCGACACACACGACGAGCCCUGCUGGUCCACUGACCCCUCCGACGACGAUGACGACGAGCCCGACCAUGCGCCGGCGGUGGGGUGCGCGUUAGUUGCGCUGUCAGACUACACGGCGGUGGGCGCGAGCGAGGUGUCGCUGAGGGAGGGCCAGCACGCUGAGCUACUGAAAGUUGGCUGCGCUGGGUGGUGGUAUGUGCGGCUUGCAGGCGGCAGCGGCGAGGGAUGGGCGCCGGCGGCAUACCUCGACCAGCGCAAGACGUCGCGAUCGUCGAGCCGCUCGCACGACCGCCUGCACGAGCACUGAACGCGUGCACAUCGUUGUGAGGCCGCGAGACACCGCACACCACUGCUCGUGCGCUUACACGGACUACGCGCCAGCUGAACUGCUAGUCAGCCUACACAUCGAUGCUUAAACGCCAAUACCUUCUAACUAACAUGGAUAAAAUUUUACAGGGGACACAAAAAAGUAUUUAGUUCUAAAUUUAAAUUUAUUUAAACUAAUAUCAUAAAGAGACGUUUGAUAAUAUCAUAAAGAGAUGUGUAAACUCAAAAAAUAUUAUACCUAUUUUAAAAAUUCUUACACCUAUAGAAAGCUAGAUUUUCAACGAAUAACAUAAACUGUAUUUUAUUUAAAAAAAUAAAGGUCCGUACACUAUCUUCUCGUGGUAAAAUAGGAAGGAUCACAAGUUCUUCAAUACAAUGGAAGUAAAAAGUAAAGUAGUUGAUUUUAAGAUAAAUUCUCAAUAUAUUAAAGAAAAAAUUAUUUAAGUUAGAAAAUAAAUGUCAGUUAAGAGGUAUUGGUGGUUAAACGUUUCACAGUUGAACAUGCAGUUUCCGUGUCCAAGUUUAAAAUAAUAAUUCACGGCAAUUGGCCCCGACACAUACAGCCAUGUUGUGACUAGUCUAGUAAAUGUUCACUUUUUGCUGAACAAUUUAGAAAAUAAGAGUUCGAUUUUAAAAAUCUAAACAUCAGUCUUUCGAUUGUUUAGCAAACGAGAGACUAUUUUGUAGAGAGAGCAUCAUUAACCCCACUUGUAAGGAUUUUUGUGUUAAACCUCGGAUGUUUUAAAUGAAUAGAUAUCGCACAGUUUAAUAAGAAUCACUAUAGAUUGUUAGCUUUGAAUGUUAAAAUGGUAUCAAGAGUUGGUAGACGUGUCAUUGUGAUCUGUCCUUUAAUGUCGAACAAUAAUAUUUGUUAAUUGAUGUAAAUGUUACUCUUAAAAGCUUUAUUGUAAAUUAGUGUUUAAGAUAGACUCAUUUUAUCAUUGUGAGUAUCCAAAGUUAUUGAUAGAGGCCUAGGCAAUGUUGAGUAGCCGUGACUGUUUUGAUAUUUUCCUGUAUAUACAUUUUUAAUUAAUUAUAAUAAUUUAUUUCGUUGCUAGACGAGCUUUCGGUGUUAAUGCGUGUAUCUAUACGUUUCAAUAUUCCAUGACAGUAAUGGUGGGUAUCACACGACUAUAUCCAGAAAUAAUAGGGACCUGUAAAUUUUAUGUCACUAAAAAUUAAAUAUAGGCCAUAUUCGUAUUGAGUAAUCAGUCACUUUGAUAUCAUUAAUUUGUUUGUUAAUAUUUUGCAUAAAAAUAAUUAUUAUGUUAUUUCGAAUGAAUUAUGAAAUUACGUAGCCAUGUGCGUUAUUUCUUUGCAUAUUCCUAUUAAUCAAUAUCACAAAUAUAAAAAUAAUAUGCAUAUAUAUACUACACAUGUUGUUUGCUAGUCGGCGAAAUAUUUUUAUCGUGUUAAUAAAGUUAUAAAAAUAUAAUGAAUGAAUAAUAAUGAUCAAAUCACACGCAAAGCAUAUCAUCAAAAUUUCUAUUUUUCUUUCAUGCAUCUUGUGUCACAUCACAGUACCUGUUAUUCGGUCCAUAUGAGAAUGUAUUAUUACCAUUUCAUAAUUAUCUUUUGUAUAAAGCUACGUUCAUUUUUAGCUGAUUACAAUUACACAAAAUUUGUUUAUUUA